GAUUCUCAGUUCGUAGUUGUUAGAGAAAAUUAAUCGGGGACCUGAAUUCUUCGGCUUGGAUGGACUGAACAGAGGUGUGGUCUUGGAAUAUUCCUCCUAAACUCAAAGUAUUAUUUUGGCAGGUGUGUUCCGGAUGCUUACCUACAAAGGAGAAUCUCCAAGCUAGACGAGUUAAUUGUCCCGAUUUAUGCGGCCUAUGCGGAAAAGAGGAGACUUUAAUCCAUCUCUUUCAGGAGUGUUCGGUGGCUCGAGAAGCGUGGAAUGCGGCUCAAUGGAAUUGGAGGGGAGCUAAGGCCAAGAACUUUUUGGAGCUCUUGAAGGUGGAGUUCCAGACGCGUAGAAAAAGUGACCUGAAGAGACUCGUAUGGGGUUGCUGGGCAUUGUGGUGUGAGCGCAAUCAAUGGGUCUAGCAAAAUAAAUCCUUAUCUGCAGGUCAGUUUAUGAUGAAGGCUGAAAUCUAUGUGAAAGGAUGGGUUCAGACGUAGCUGGUGGGUAAGGAAGGCAAGGGGGCUGUUAGGCGAGCCCGAUCCUCGUGGUGUUGUCCAGUUGCAGGUAGAGUGAAGAUGAAUAUUGAUGCAGCGGUCCGAGCAGAUCACUGUGGACUGGGAUGGUGUAUUCGCAAUGCAAAUGGCGAGUUCCUGGCUAGUGCGGCGCGUCCAUGGGCAGGUAGUCUUGCUCCAUUGGAAGCAGAAUUGAUUGGUAUUCGAGAGGCUUUGAGUUGGGUUCACGGAACAGAAUGGACGGAUAUUAACAUUGAGUGGGAUGCUUCCCGAGCAAUCUCGGAAAUCUAGAAGGGCUCUAGUUGUGCUUCAUAUGGGUUAAUUGCAGAUGAUAUACCAGAUAUGGUGAUGUCUUAGGUGCAUGCUGACACGCUACAAUAGUACGUACAAUGUGCUAUUCCUUUCCACUUUCCCGACUCUUUCUCCUGAGCUUGUUGAAGUCGGUGCAUAUUUCCAGAAAGGAAUAACUCUUAAACUUCUGUGGUAUGGGACUGAUGGGAGUUUGUUCAUCAGACGAAAAGCAGAAGAAAACAAUGGUGGAAGAAGAAGAGAAACUGCAGCCUCUCCUGGAAGCUUCUCCCGCCCCACAAGGUGGCUUCAGAACCAUGCCCUUCAUUGCUGGAAAUUUGGCAUUGAUGUUAUUGGCAAAUUGCGGGUUGACUCCCAACAUGAUAUUGUAUCUGAUGAGGGAGUAUCGAAUGGAUAUGGCUACUGGAUCGAAUGUGCUUUAUUGGUGGAAUGCAGCUUCGAAUAUCACACCCGUCGUUGGAGCUUUAAUGGCAGAUUCUUUUGUGGGUCGGUUUCAGAUUAUUAGCAUCGGAUCUGUUAUUAACCUUUUGGGAAUACUUCUGUUUUGGCUAACAACUAUUAUACCACAAACAAGGCCGCCUCCUUGCACUGAAUCUAACAUCAUUUGCCCUUCUGCAACAACUCUGCAACUUCUUUUUUUAUACCUCUCCUUUAUCCUUAUAUCCAUUGGUGAAGGGGGAGUAAAAGCUUCUUCCUUGGCGUUUGGAGUUGAACAGUUAAAUAAUAUCCGAAAAAAUGAGAAAGCAAUGGAGAGCUUCUUUGGCUGUUAUUAUGGUGUUAAAAUGGUAUCUGUUAUCAUUUCCUUGACCCUUUUGGUCUAUGUCCAAGAGAACAUGGGAUGGGAAAUUGGUUUUGGAAUCCUUGUCUUGCUUAUGCUAUUUGCUACUAUUCUCAUCCUCUUGGGGUCCCCAUUCUAUGUCAGGUCAAAACCCAAAGGAAGUUUAAUCAUGGGGUUAGUUCAAGUGGUUGUUGCUUUUUACAGAAAGAGGAGCCUUGUGAUUCCACCCAAUGGUGGAGGUCUUGUGGCAUACCAUCAACAAGGCACCGUGAUAUGCCCCCCAAGUGAAACACUAAGGUUUCUGAAUAAGGCUUGCAUUAUAGAAGAUCCCCAACAAGACGUAAACUCAGAUGGGAAAGCCUCAGAUCCAUGGAGUCUUUGUACAGUAGAGCAAGUAGAGGAGCUUAAAGCAUGCAUUAAGGUAAUCCCAAUAUGGGUCACCGGAGUUAUAAUGAGCAUUAAUGCCAGCCAAAGCACUUUCUCCACGCUUCAAGCAACCACCAUGAACCGCCACAUUGGAUCAUCAUCUAUGAGCUUUCAAAUCCCCACUGGCUCUAUAAGUAUGUUCUCAUACACCUCCAUCAUAAUGUGGCUCGUGUUUGAUGAUCGAAUCAUUAGACGUCGUCUCCAUUUCAGCCCGAUGGCGAGAAUGGGGUCGGGGAUCUUCGUCUCUUUCCUUUCUGUCGUGGUAACGGCCUUGGUGGAGGCUUACCGGCGGAACCUCGCAAUAAAGGAGGGAUUCUCUGAAAACCCCGGGGGCAUUGUGGAUAUGUCUGUUCUGUGGAUCAUACCACGCUCGCUUCUCGCGGGGGUUGCAGAGGGAAUGAACGCUGUUGCUCAGAAUGAGUUUUACAUUUCAGAGUUCCCGCAAAGCAUGUGGAGCAUAGCUUCCAACUUUUUUGGGCUCGGGGUAGCGGCAGCGAAUAUGCUAGCAAGCUUUUUGAUGAGCUUUGUCAAUGAGGUCACUAAAGGUGGGGAAGGUGGGAGCUGGAUAUCGAGCAACAUAAAUCAGGGUCACUAUGACUACUAUAAUUGGGUACUUGCUGGAUUGAGUCUGCUGAAUCUUUUGCUAUUCAUCUUUUGUAGCCGUGCUUAUGGCCCCUGCCGUGAAGAGAGGAAAGUAAAGGGUGGCAUUGAAGUAGAGUCUUCAUGAACUCACUUCUAGCUUAGAUCCUCAUAUUCUCAUAUACCACAAUAUAGCAUCUCCUUUUUUAUAGUUGUAUUACUGCAUUUUGGUACCCUGGGGGUAAAUAGAAUGAAAGAAGCUAAUUAGUACUCUGAAUAAAUUUCAAUGUCUCUGAUUCCUACCAGUCCAUUUUAUCGUAAAUUCUGGUAAGAAUCGUUUGAUUUUUCAGUAUAGAUCUUAGGUAUGUUCUCUAAAAUAUUAGCAUUAAUCAAUUCACACGAUCAAAGUUAUCAAACUUAAAUUAGUCUGGUUUGUACAUUUAGCACGAAACAUGAUAUGUAAUUGGUUGUGUCACUCUAGAUAAG